CGUGUAAGUUAGAUCUGUUUAAUCUGUGGUAAAAAAAGGGUGAGUGAACUGCCUCAUUGUUAUUUAUUGCAUUUGCCUCUAAUAAUACAUUAAUUAGCCGAUUUACGGGUACAGUGAGUGCAAUAACAUACAUAACAGGCCGUGACAGCCAUGCCGAUGUGAGUAAUAUCAGAGGUGUGGCGCGUCUCAGUGGGGCGUCGUUUGGUAGUGCAAGUGACAUUAGAUAUACGAAAAAAUAUUCCUUCUAUCUCGUUAUAAGAUGACGGAGUACAAGUUAGUGGUGGUAGGGGCCGGUGGCGUGGGUAAAUCUGCAUUGACUAUACAAUUAAUACAAAACCAUUUCGUUGACGAAUACGAUCCAACAAUCGAGGAUUCAUAUAGAAAGCAAGUGGUGAUAGACGGGGAGACAUGUCUCCUUGACAUCUUGGACACUGCGGGUCAAGAGGAGUACUCGGCGAUGCGGGACCAGUACAUGAGGACGGGAGAAGGUUUCCUGCUGGUGUUUGCAGUGAACAGUGCUAAGAGUUUCGAGGACAUUGGGUCAUACCGAGAGCAGAUCAAGCGAGUGAAGGACGCGGAAGAAGUGCCCAUGGUGCUAGUGGGCAACAAGUGCGACCUACAGGCGUGGGCGGUGGACAUGACACAGGCGCGGGAGGUAGCGCGGAGUUAUGGUGUCCCUUUCGUAGAGACAUCAGCCAAGACACGUAUGGGGGUUGAUGAUGCAUUCUACACCCUAGUCCGAGAAAUCCGCAAAGAUAAGGAAAGCCGCGGCAAAAAGUAUAGGAGAGGGAACAAGGGGGGUUCACGGCGCCCCAUUAAAUGUGAACUGUUGUAAAUAAGUUUUACGAAUUAAUUCAAAUUCUCUAUCAAGUUCCACAGUUUAUUGUUAAAUAACUGCUGUUGGUUUGCGAACUUUAUUCUAUGUGGUAACACAGCUAUUUGAAUAUGACGUUUUAUAAAAUAACCAUAUUAUGGCAAUACUCGAUACCAGUUGUGAAAUAUUGUUAUUGAUGUGGUAAAAAUUUUAAAAAUUGUUGUAUUUUCAUCGGCACAUGGUAAUAUUUUAUACCAUAAAGUUAUAAAUGCCAUAUCAAGUGUAAUUGUUGCUAAGUAUUUGUUCUUUAAAGUUUAAGUAGACAAACACUUGGCCGAAUUGCCCAAAUGUUAUAAUCAUAUGCUAUAUCAACAGCAAUUGUAAAUAAAACAGUUCGAAUUUUAAAUAUAUUGACGAAAACUGUCUGUCGAAUUUUAAUGUCGAAAUGACAAUAUGUCAAGCGAAUGACUCAAAUGCCCUGUCUAAAGUAAAUUGUCUCUGGUUUACUAUUACUCAGACUUGCUAAGACUAAGAUUUAGAUUUUGCAACCUGACUAAUAAUAAGGAAGUAAAAUCCGUGUUGUACAAAAAAUAUUUGAUUAAUGGCAUGGUAUGUAAUAUUUACUAACAUUUUCUUGCACAGAAGAUAAAGAAAUUUUAUAAAAAAAGUAAAUCUAUUUGGUUAUUCAAAGCUGUUUUCAGCAGUAUUGAAAUAUCAGUUGUAUAAUACAUAGAUUAAUAAAUAAUUUAAAUCUGGGCCAUUCUCAGUAUGUAUAUGUCAUGGUCAAAGUUUGAACUGCGUUUACUCCUACCACAAAACUUGACAAUUAUGAACUGUCAAAACAAAUGUUUGACAUGUCGUUAGUCAAAGUUUGCAAGCAACAAAUGUCAGAUAAAACUACAAAGUAACUAUAUUUACAAAGCUGUGACUAAAGCUUGAAUUUAAAUGUAUGCAAUUAAGUAUUAAUAAGUUUCAGCUUAAGUUUUAUGUACUUUAUACAUUUUAUAAUCAUUGCCUUUGAUAUGCACAAAUGCCUUCUGAUUACUGCCAACGCUUUUAUCUCAGUGUUUAGUCGAAAUAUUUAAGACUAUUUUUGUCUUUUUAAUCAUUGAUAAAGAAAUAAAGACACAGUAACAUAGUAACACAAUCAAAGAUUUACGACAUAUAGGCAUUUACCUCUAUAAAUGGACUCUCUAUAAAUCGUAGCAUUUUGUUCCUAUUGGAUAUUCGCCAUUUUGGAGUUGAUAAUCAAAAUGGCGCUACCGCGGUUGUAACGGUAUUGUGGAUUCGCGCUAAUAAUACCACUAAAACUAAAUAUAGAUAGAAUUAAUUAUCACAUAACAUCAACAAGUGCGUUUAAAUCGGAACGAAGGGAAAGCUGUUAGUCCCUAAAACGCUUUUUUCUAAUGUUUCCAAAACAAAAAAAAGGCCAAAAAUAACUCAAUCUAUUGUUUUAAUUAAUUCGUCUCAAUACAAAUGUUAUAUUUUGGUAUAAAAAAAAACAAUUCUUAAUUUCGCGCUCAAAUCUGACAGAACUACUAAAUACUAUUUGAUUUCCAAACAAUUGCCUAUCUGUUUAUAGAGUGUCUAUAGAUGAGUAAUCAGGAGCACAAAAUUGUCAAUGUUGACAUUUACAAAAUGACCCGUUUAGACGUCAAAUUAUUUUUUUAGAUUUAAAAAUUAUGUUAUUAGAAGUAUAUUUGUGAGAGAUCUAUGAGAAUUACAUAAUUACUAUCAGAGGAAUAUAUAGGAAUGAUAGAAAUAUUAAAUUUAUUUCGCUAAUUUUGCACAACACAUUCUAGAUGAGAUGGCACUCAAAUAUUUUAUAGGUUAUAUAAAAAUUAUAGGGUUGCCAUUUAAGAAUGUAUUAAUAUUAAAAUCAUUGGAAAGUUCAGAUUUAUUUAGAUAGAAAAUUGCAUCAUGAAUAUUUAAAUUUAAUAGAAAAACAUUUUACUUUCAAAAGGC